CCCAUCAACCUGCAGCUGGACCAUUGUCCUCCAUAGCCCUCCAAUCCACGUUCUUAUGCAAGAUUCCCUCAAAUGUUGAAAUUGAACCCGCAUCCACCAUUUCUGCUGGCAACUCAUUCUAUACUCUCAUCACUUUCCGAGUGAAGUUCCCCUUCAUGUUGCCCUAAAACAUUUUGCCUUUAAUCUGUGACCCACCCAACCUCAGUAGAGAAGGGCUGUUUGCAUUUACCCUCAUACACCUCACCAUUUUGUAUACCUCCAUCAAAUCUCCGCUCAUUCUCCUAUGCUCCAAUGCCCAUUGUCUUUCCUUCAUUAUUUUGUUUCCUUUUUCUAUGUCAGUUCUAACCUAUUCAAUUUUUUCUUAUAACUCAGGUCCUCAAGUCCUUGUAAAUUUUCUCUUUCAACCUUACUCACAUCUUUCCUGUAGGUAGGUGACUAUAACUACACACUAUACUCCAGAGUAAGCCUCACCAAUGUCUUAAACAACUCAGCAUAACAUCCCAUUUCCUGUACUCAAUACAUUGAUUUAUGAAGGCCAAUGUGCCAAAAGCUUUAUGACUCUACCAACCUGCGAUGCAACUUUCAAAGAAUUAUUUAUCUGAAUUUUCAGAUCACUUUGUUGGACUGCACUCCUCAGUGUCCUACCGUUCACUGUGUAAAACCUACCCUUGUUUGUCCUCCCAACUUGCACCAACUCACACUUGUCUGCCUUACAUUCAAUCUGCCAAUUUUUCCAUCUGGUCCAGAUCCUACUGCAAGCUUUGAUAGUCUUCCUCGCUGUCCACUGCACCCCAAUCUUGAUGUCACCUGCAAAUUUACUGAACCACAUCACCCAGAUCAUUGAUAUAGCUGACAAACAACAAUGGACCCAGCACAGAUCCCUGUGGCACUACACUCGUUUCAGACCUCCAGUAAGAGAGACAACCCUCUUCACGACCAGACUCUGCCUUCUCCCACAAAGCCAAUGAUCCUGAAUGCCCAGUGACUAAACUUUCUUGACCCACCUCCCACGUGGGACCUUGUCAAAUGCCUUUCUAAAGUCGAUGUAGACAACAUUUCCUCCCCCAUGUUAUGUAAGUGAUGAUCAGCCUGAUUCUAACAUGGGCUCCUUUGCCUCACGUGACUUGGCUUUAACUGUUGGCAUGGGAACGUUCCCGAGGGAAGGUUCAUUGUUUUAGUUGCUAUAGAAAUAUGUUGGCUCUAGUUCCUGGGCAGCAAGCCUCCACCGCCCCCAGCCACUGCCCUUCCCUUAUCUCCUCGACUCCGGAAACACCCUCUGCCCCUGCCCCUGCCCCUGCCCCCGCCGCCUUUCGCGCCCGACAAUGGCGCCGCCGCCGCUCGGUUGACCGUUUCCAUAGCAGCGAAGUCACGCCGUCAAUCCGAAGGCGGGGUUCACUGUAGUGAUUGAUGGUUUAGUGUACCAAUCAUCAUAGGAGACUAUUGAUUGACAGCGGAUGUUGGCCAAUAAGCUAUAGUUGUAGGCGAGUCCAAAUUUAGCGGCCCGCUUUCCGAACCCGAAGACGAAGAAACAGAGGUUUUGUUGCUGUUCUGUUCAGCAGCACACCGGAGAGAGUCCUGGGACGAAUUGACCGUGAAUACGCUGUGAGGAGAUGGCGGGAACUGCCAGACAUGACCGCGAAAUGGCGAUGAACGCCAAGAAGAAGUUGCAGCAGUGCACAGACCCGAUUGAGAAGUUACGGCUACAGUGCCUGUCCCGCGGUUCUGCCGGAAUCAAAGGGCUGGGCAGGGUGUUCCGCAUCAUGGAUGAUGACAGAAACCGGAGCCUCGACUUUAAGGAGUUUGUGAAGGGUCUGAAUGAUUAUGGUGUUCUGUUGGAGAAGGAGGAUGUGGAAGCUGCCUUCAAACACUUUGAUAAGGAUGCAAGUGGAACAAUUGACUAUGACGAGUUCCUCAGUACAUUACGGCCGCCCAUGUCCAACGCAAGAAAGGAAAUCAUCACACAGGCCUUCCGUAAGCUGGACAAGACAGGAGAUGGUGUGAUCACCAUCGAGGACCUGCGAGGGGUGUACAAUGCCAAACACCACCCCAAGUAUCAGAAUGGGGAAAUGACAGAGGAGCAGGUUUUCCGCACAUUUCUCGACAACUUUGACUCGCCCUACGAUAAGGAUGGAAUUGUGACAAUGGAGGAGUUUUUAAAUUACUACGCGGGUGUCAGUGCUUCCAUCGACACGGACGUCUAUUUCAUCGUCAUGAUGCAAAAUGCCUGGAAACUUUAACAGGCAUCCUUGUGCCUGGGGGUCACCCAAUGUGAAUUUAUUAAUUACUAUUCGGGAGUGAGUGCCUCUAUUGACAAUGAUGCCUACUUUAUCCUAAUGAUGAGGUCCUGCUGGCGAAUGUGAUCGACGCCGUUAUCAUUUGGGAAAGUGCAGACUGAUGAGAUGGAUGUAUCACCGUGUUUCCAGGUCAGGGGCUGCCUCUCUGCCCCUAUACACAACGCUGCUGACUUCACCUCUGCUCUCUAGCGAGGCCACUGGCGGGGCUGAUUACCCUGUACAGAGCCUUGAGACCCUCCACCCUCUGACACCACCCCCAUUGAUCGGGGCAUUGCCAGAACUCAGAUUCCUUUUAAAUUUCUUACCCUUUGUCAUAUAAAUGGCACAAUUCAGUACAGCACAGCCUCUACUGGGAGAACAGGUUAACAUCUGCUCAGAACUGAAGUGCCCACCCUGAUUAAACAACAUCCAGAGACCCUCAGCAGGUUGGGGUAAGCAGAGGCAACAUCUCAGGUCAAAAACUUUCAGUCAGGCAGGUUCUGCGAUUCUCUAGCACAGAAUCCCACUUCACUAUCCCUGUGGUCUGUAGUGUGUGUCUGGCCCACCUUGUCCAUGUCUACCCUAACCCUGUGGUCUGUAGCCUGUGUCUGGCCCACCUUGUCCAUGUCUACCCUAACCCUGUGGUCUGUAGCCUGUGUCUGGCCCACCUUGUCCAUGUCUACCCUAACCCUGUGGUCUGUAGCCUGUGUCUGGCCCACCUUGUCCAUGUCUACCCUAACCCUGUGGUCUGCAGCCUGUGUCUGAGUGACUCAGGUGUUCAUUUGCACCUUUUAGCAACACUGUGAGAGCCCCUGUGCCCCAGGACAGAGUUCCAUUCCCAAUAUCCCUGUGAACCUCCUCUGCACAGCCGGCUACCUCGAGUAGCGUUCUGAGCAGAACUGCAGCCAUUACUCCAACAUGGCUGAAUCAGAGUUUUGUAAAGUUGUACCAUGGCCUCCUUACCCUUGUAGUCUCUGUACUGAUCAAUGACAAGUACCCUGUAACACUACAGCACAAUAUAGCCCUUUGGCCUACGAUAUUGUGCCAACCUUUUAACCUACUCUGAAAUCAAUCUAACCCUUCCCUCCUUCAUAACACUCCAUUAUUUUCAUUCAUAUGCCUACCUACGGUCCUUGUAAAUCUCCCUAAUUUAUCUGCCUCAACCACCACCCAGCAGUGCAUUGCAUCCAUGCCUCUGACAACCACCCCUAUAUUUUUGUCCAAUCACCUUGGAAGUUAUGCCCCCUGAUACUGUCGAUUUCCACCUUCUGGUGUCCACUUAAUCUAUGCUUCCUAUCAUCUUGUACGCCUCUUUCAAGUCACCUCUCAUUGUUCUUUGCUCCAAAGAGAAACACCCCAGCUUGCUCAGUCGUUCACAUGUACCCCAGGAUCCCUGGUUCCUCACUCCCACCAACCAUGGUUUAUAUUUGACCCUACUAUCCACCACGUUACCUUUGUCAGGAUUAAGUUCUUUCUGCCAUGGCUGUGCCCAAGUGACCAACCUUCUCUCUUAAAACAAAGAUGUUCAAACUCAUCUCGGUGUUGAUGAGACACAGCCUCCAGUGAGUCAGUAACCAGUGAGCAUGGCUAUACCACCAGAGAGAUCAUGAUUCUAUAUCUAACUCAUGCCACCAUUAUCCUGAAAUCAGUCAUUAAUAUAAAAUUAAUCCUGAAAUCAGUCAUUGACAUUGAAUUAAUGUCAAUAAUUCAAAGCUUGCAGAGGGAUUUGGACCAGUUGGAGGAAUAGGCUGAAAAAUGGCAGAUGGAGUUUAAUGCGGACAAGUGUGAGGUAUUGCACUUUGGAAGGUCAAACCAAGGUAGAACAUACAAGGUAAAUGGCAGGACACUGAGGAGUGCAGAUACAUAAUUCCCUAAAAGUGGUGUCACAAGUAGAUAGGGUUGUAAAGAGUGCUUUUGGUACAUUGGCCUUUAUAAAUCAAAGUAUUGAGUAUAAGAGUUGGAAUGUAAUGAUGACGUUGUAUAAGGCAUUGGUGAGGCCGAAUUUGGAGUAUUGUGUGCAGUUUUGGUCACCUAAUUACAGGAAGGAUAUUAAUAAGGUUGAAAGAGUGCAGAGAAGGUUUACGAAGAUGUUGCCGGGACUUGAAAAACUGAGUUACAGAGAAAGGUUGAAUAGGUUAGGACUUUAUUCCCUGGAGCAUAGGAGAAUGAGGGGUGAUUUGAUAGAGGUGUAUAAAAUUAUGAUGGGUAUAGAUAGAGUGAAUGCAAGCAGACUUUUUCCACUGAGGCCAGGGGAGAAAAAAACCAGAGGACAUGGGUUAAGGGUGAAGGGGGAAAAGUUUAAAGGGAACAUUGGGGGGGGGGCUUCUUCACGCAGAGAAUGGUAGGAGUGUGGAAUGAGCUGCCAGAUGAAGUGGUGAAUGCGGGCUCACUUUUUGACAUUUGAGAAAAACUUGGACAGGUAUAUGGAUGAGAGGGGUUUGGAGGGAUAUGGCCCAGGAGCAAUUUAGUGGGACUAGGCAGAAAAAUGGUUUGGCACAGCCAAGAGGGGCCAAUGGUUUCUGUGCUGUAAUGUUCUAUGGUUCUAUGUGAAGAGGGAGCUUCACUCUGCAUCUGGGAGUGUGUAGUGGGACAGCGUAGAGGGAGCUUAAUGAUGCCAGGAGUAUGUGAUGGGAUGUCGUGAAGAGAGUUUCACUCUGUGUCUGACCCUGAGAGUGUGUGAUGGGAAGGUUUAAUUUUAAUUUUAAUAUGUCUGAUGGUUUAGCUUUACUAUGUCUGACAUAAUUUUAUUAUGCCAGUUUAAUUUUACUGACGGUUUAGAUUUACUAUGUUCGAUACUGGGAGUGUGUGAUGGGAUGGUUUACUCUGUCUAACUUGUACUGUGAUUAUCGUGGUUUGCACAAUCUCAUCUCUAUUAGUCAUACAGCAGAGAACAGGCUCUUCCACAGACCCUUACACAUUUACAUCAACCUUCCAUUUUCCAUUCUCACUCUCCCAUCUGCUCCCUCCAAAUCCACCCAUCACCCGAGUGCUGGGGACCAUUUACUGUGGCCAGUUAGCCCACUGGCCUGCACAUCUUUGGGAUGUGGGAGGAAAUCGUAUCUGAGGGAGACCCAUGUGAUGUUGGGGAGAAUGUAUAAACUCCACACAGACACCAAUGCAGGUCAGGUUUGAACUUUGUUGCUCGACCAGCAAUAGUAAUCUGCCCUGGUACAGUAUAUCAAGCCAAGGGCAGAGCUUCAUCACCAUCAGCUUUACUGUGGAGCCUAUAGUAUCAGCCUAUAGUAGUCAUUGCUGCCAUCCUGAUUCCAUCUAUGUUGUCAAUGACACUUUGCGAUGCUUCACUCUCGGAUCUAUCCCUUUUCACCUUGCACUUACUCGUGCACGGGCUCUCAGUUGAGCAGUGGGUUCAUGUUAACAUCCUUCUGUAGCCUAGACCAUCCCUUACUCUUUAUCUUUCUGGCCUUCUGAUUUUCCCUCAAUGUAUCUCUUCACCAUUGGCUGCCAUUGCCCAGGUGUCAAUACCUGUCCCUCAACUUUCCUCCCCAAAUCUUUCUUUUCUUUACAUUGCAGAAUCCCACCUGUCCUCAAUAGGUACAGCAGAGAAGGUGCAGGUUAUACUGGUAGGAUUGGAUGGAAUUGUUUGGGCCAAGUGUACAGCACAGAGAGACCAGGAGCAUGAAGUGGGUUGUUUCUGCAAAGUCGGUUUCACAUUUCUUUGGCUCAAUGUCAGGAUGGCAAUGUCGUUGAACAAAGGAACCUUGGAGUAUAAUAACAUGGUUCCCUAUAAGUGGAGACAUGCAAAAAGCUUUUGGCACAUUGGCCUUCAUCAGUCAAGACACCAAGAAAUUGAGCUGUUGCAGUUGGAAUAUUUUGAAGCUGCACAUUGAAAAUUGUGUUCUGUUCUGGUUGCUCUGUGAUGGGAAAGAUGCUAUUUAGCUGCAAAGAGUCGAGAUUUAUGACUGAGUUUUAGCGAGAGCUUGAGGAGGUUAGGAGAAUGGGAAAAUGAGAGGUGUACAUACGUCUGAACAGCAUAGAUGAAUGUGCACAGCCUUUUUCCCAGAGAUGGGAAUUAAAAAUUAGGGGCAUUGGCUGAAGGUUUCAGGAGAGAAAUUUAAUAGGAAUGUGAGAGGCAAGUUCUUCACACAGAGAAUGAUCAGACAGACAUACUUUAUUGAUCCUGAGGAAAACUGGGUUUCGUUACAGCUGCGCCAACCAAGAAUAGUGUAGAAAUAGAGCAAUAUAAAACCAUAAAUAAUUACAUAAUAAUAAGUUAAUCAUGCCAAGUGGAAAUAAGUCCAGGACCAACCUAUUGGCUCAGGGUGUCUGACACUCCGAGGGAGGAGUUGUAAAGUUUGAUGGCCACAAACAGGAAUGACUUCCUAUGACACUCAGUGUUGCAUCUCGGUGGGAUGAGACCCUGGCUGAAUGUACUCCUGUGCCUAACCAGUACAUUAUGGAGUGGAUGGGAGUCAUUGUCCAAGAUGGCAUGCAACUUGGAAAGCAUCCUCUUUUCAGACACCACCAUCAGAGAGUCCAGUUCCACCCCCACAACAUCAUUGGCCUUGCGAAUGAGUUUGUUGAUUCUGUUGGUGUCUGCUACACUCAGCCUGCUGCCCCAGCUCACAACAGCAAACAUGAUAGCACUGGCCACCACAGACUAGUAGAAUAUCCUCAGCAUCGUCCGACAGAUGUUAAAGGCAUCUGUUGUUCACACACUCCCCAGUCUCUCUCAGUACGUCCUGCACUGUGGGCAGAGUGUGCAUACCCUCACUGUUGUUCACACUCACUCCCCAGUCUCUCUCAGUACGUCCUGCACUGUGAGCAGAGUGUGCAUACCCUCACUGUUGUUCACACUCACUCCCCAGUCUCUCUCAGUACGUCCUGCACUGUGGGCAGAGUGUGCAUACCCUCACUGUUGUCCACACUCACUCCCCAGUCUCUCUCAGUACGUCCUGCACUGUGGGCAGAGUGUGCAUACCCUCACUGUUGUCCACACUCACUCCCCAGUCUCUCUCAGUACGUCCUGCACUGUGGGCAGAGUGUGCAUACCCUCACUGUUGUCCACACUCACUCCCCAGUCUCUCUCAGUACGUCCUGCACUGUGGGCAGAGUGUGCAUACCCUCACUGUUGUUCACACACACUCCCCAGUCUCUCUCAGUACAUCCUGCACUGUGGGCAGAGUGUGCAUACCCUCACUGUUGUUCACACACAUUCCCCAGUCUCUCUCAGUACGUCCUGCACUGUGGCAGAGUGUGCAUACCCUCACUGUUGUUCACACUCACUCCCCAGUCUCUCUCAGUACGUCCUGCACUGUGGGCAGAGUGUGCAUACCCUCACUGUUGUUCACACUCACUCCUCAGUCUCUCUCAGUACAUCCUGCACUGUGAGCAGAGUGUGCAUACCCUCACUGUUGUCCACACUCACUCCCCAGUCUCUCUCAGUACGUCCUGCACUGUGAGCAGAGUGUGCAUACCCUCACUGUUGUUCACACACACUCCCCAGUCUCUCUCAGUACAUCCUGCACUGUGGGCAGAGUGUGCAUACCCUCACUGUUGUUCACACACAUUCCCCAGUCUCUCUCAGUACAUCCUGCACUGUGGGCAGAGUGUGCAUACCCUCACUGUUGUUCACACACACUCCCCAGUCUCUCUCAGUACGUCCUGCACUGUGGGCAGAGUGUGCAUACCCUCACUGUUGUUCACACUCACUCCCCAGUCUCUCUCAGUACAUCCUGCUCACUGGAAGGUGGUGGGUCUCUCAGGUCUGCAGACAGCAGGGAAUUCAUGGUAUUGAAUUCUCUCCACGGGGACAAGCUGCCAGUCAGCAUCUGUGCACAGAGCUGGGGCUAACAAUUCAGGUUAUUAAUUUUUCAUCAGAGAUGAAACUUCUAUUAUAGUGGCAGGGCAAGUGGGAGGGCAGAAAGGCUCAUUGAGAUGGAGAUGAAGAAGAGGAGUGGGUGGGAAAGUGGUGUUGAGGCCAAGACUGGACUUGCCAUGGUCUAUGAAGUUCAAAGGCUCAUUUUAUUAUCAAAGUAUACAACUCCAAAAUUCUUCAGUUCUCCGAGUAGCCAUGGAACCAAGCACGAAAAGAAAGGCAACGUGAUCAUCAACCCCCAAAUCCCACCUCUCUGUAAAAAAACAAACAAAAAUGAAGUAGGCAUGUCAGUCCCCAAAUCCCCCUCAACAAAAAAAAUGACCAAGACAGAUCAGGCGAUAAAACAUAGAAUAUAAAAGCUAUAAGACUGAAGAACAAAAUCUAUAGUCCAAAGUCCAAAUCCAAAAAAACCUGGAUAAUACUCACUGAGCCCAGAAGCAGCAACAGGCCAUUCCCUCUCCGGUACUGAUCAAAAGACAAGCGGCUGCUGCUCACCCUCUGCACUGGCUUCGACACCUCAAUCGCCCUUGUUGCUUCGGUUGGAGCUCAGAUCGGUGAAAUGCAGCCAAACAUCAGCUUUGCUGCAUCCUGCAGCUUGUCUGCUACGAGGUUGGUGAUGCUGCCUCCUGAAAUCCUCUCAGAGACUGCAGAGUGCUGGACCACCCUAACAACCUCCAAAAUUUCGCACUCUCCUUGGUGUUUCAGUCAACCUCGUCGCUUUAAUUGGUGAAAUGGGGUCAAACAUUGGCCUGCAGCCUUCUCACCGUGAGGUGCACUCAUGCUGCCUUUGUCUCCUGUAAUCUCAGAGACUGUAGAGUGCUGAAGCCCCCAACCGAUCUCCAAACAGCAAAGCACGGGCUCCAGCAGUUCCAGAUGAGAAACAAAUGUAAAAGACAUAAAUGAAGUGGGAAGAAAAGGUUCCGUAAUCUAUUCAGAAGAUGUCGACAAAGGAGUGUUGAAUGCAGGCCUUGACCUUCAGGUUUUUUCUGCAUGUUUCACUGGGAUAAUGCGCAUUCCCUACUGAAAUUUCUCUCCAUUGCUGUCACCUUUUACAUUACUAUAUCCUGCAGGAUGUGGAGAGAGAUAAACCAUUCACAUCAUUUUGAAUGGAAGACAGAAGUCUGACUUCAGAGCAACACUCAGGACCCAAACCACGCUGACUAUUACUGUUAAUUUUCCCAGUGUUGUGAUUUCUUUUAUAAGAUGUCCAGUUUGGUGAUAGUGUUAAACAGAAUCCUUAAUGUGCAAAUUAUAGAGAGUUUUUAGGAGACGCACUAUGACUCAUCUUUCUCCCAGGACACUGAGUGGGGGCAGGACUGCGUCAGCACAGCUUCUGUCACACAGCCCACCGCUGCAGACAUUCAGUCAGUCUCUAGCUGACCCAACCUGCCAAAGGAUCUGGGCACACAGGAGACCGUAGAAGCAGGAAUCUGGAGCACUCAAGUUACCUUUCUUUGAAAAUAUUGUCCUACUAUAAAAAAUAUUAAAAUUGCUCUUUGAA